AUGGGAAAGGAAAAUAUAACUACUUUCACCGAAUUUAUUCUCCUGGGGUUUUCCCUCUCCCCAGCGCUGCAAGUUCUCCUCUUUGUGACAUUCCUAGUGGUCUACACUGUCACUGUGGUUGGAAACACGGCUAUUGUGACUCUGACCAGCUUGGACUCACACCUUCAAACCCCCAUGUACUUUUUCCUUUGCAACCUCGCCAUCCUAAAUAUCUGCUGCACUUCAGCUGUCGUUCCCAAAAUGCUCGCUAACUUCUUGUCGACGAGGAAGUCCAUCUCCUCGGGACUCUGUGGUGCUCAGAUGUACGUCACCCUGUUCUUAGGGGCAGCAGAGUGCAUUUUCCUAGCUGUGAUGGCUUUCGACCGAUAUAUCGCCAUAUGCUACCCCUUGCGCUACGCCAUCCUCAUGAGCAAACAAGUGUGUGUCAGUAUGGCUGCUGGGUCAUGGAUCACGACUUUCCUCGGCUCAGUGGUUCCACUUGUCUGGUUACAGCUCCCACUCUGUGACUCCAACGUUAUUGACCAUUACUUCUGCGAAGUACCAGCCAUGCUUGAGCUGGUGUGUGCUGACACCACCACCAGCGAGAGCGCAAUGUUUAUGGGUGGGAUCGCUACUGAGAUACUGCCUUUCAUCUUCAUUCUGCUCUCGUAUAUCCGCAUCAUCACCACCAUCUUGCACAUUGCCUCUGCCGAUGGCAGAAAGAAAGCUUUCUCCACCUGCUCAGCCCAUCUGACAGCAGUCACUAUUUUCUACACCACCGCUAUGCUCAUGUACAUGAGGUCCAAGGAGCAGCGCACACCACAGCAGGACAAGGUGAUUUCAGUUUUCUAUACCAUCAUAAACCCCAUGCUCAACCCAAUCAUAUACAGCUUGCGCAACAAUGAGGUAAAAGGGGCCUUUAUGAAAGUCCUAGGACGAAGCAAAAUGACCCAGCUCUAA